UCAAUGAAGUCCUUUUUAUAGAUACUUUAUCACAGUGGAAGGAGAAAGCUUUCUCUCUCAUCUCUCUCUCUCUCUCUCUCCAAAAACCCUCGUUUUGUGUUGGCGUAGUUUGCAAUCGACCCAGUUAUGGCGAACAGUAAUCUUCCCCGAAGGAUCAUCAAGGAAACGCAGCGUCUUCUGAGUGAACCUGCUCCGGGCAUUAGUGCUUCGCCAUCAGAAGACAAUAUGCGUUAUUUUAAUGUGAUGAUCCUUGGCCCGACGCAAUCGCCUUACGAAGGAGGAGUUUUCAAGUUGGAACUAUUUUUGCCUGAAGAAUAUCCAAUGGCUGCUCCUAAGGUUCGGUUUCUCACCAAGAUAUAUCAUCCUAACAUCGAUAAGCUCGGUAGAAUUUGUCUCGAUAUCUUGAAAGACAAAUGGAGUCCUGCUCUUCAGAUACGAACUGUACUUUUGAGCAUUCAAGCACUUCUUAGUGCCCCAAAUCCCGACGACCCUCUUUCAGAGAACAUUGCCAAGCAUUGGAAAAGCAACGAAGUUGAGGCUGUCGAAACAGCUAAGGAAUGGACCCGUUUGUAUGCUAGCGGAGCGUAAAGGCACAGUGGAACUUUUUUCAUGCCUGCAAAUAACAUUUUAUUGCAAUGUGUAAGUUAUUAACUGUCAAUUUGAAAGAAAAUUAAGUGAAUUAAUGAUGCUUUUGAAAAUGGGAGCUUAAAAUGUUGUCUAAAUCUUCCAGUCAUUAUUGGAUGUCAAUUGUUUUCCUCUCUUUGAAUCUUUUGCCUCUGUAACCUGUAUAAUUAUCAAAUUUUACUCUUCUCUAAAAAAUGAAUAUUUUUCUCAA